AAGUGGCGGGUUUGCAGAGACGGUUGGCGGCUCAGAGGAAGGGAGGGAUAAAACUUUUAAACUUUUCACCUCCCCUUCUUUGCCUGACAAGGGAAAUGGGUACAGGACUGGAAUUAGCACGCUCCCGUUAUAUUUUAAAUCACUGGUUUCCACUCGCGGGUGUGUGAUCCACAAUUAGUACCAGUCCUCUCUCAGGCUGUUGGAGACACCGGCCUGGGCUCUGGACCCUGAGCCCCACCCGGUCAACCGCUCCGUCUGAUCAUGUUUAAUCUCCAGGAGCCGCCCUCCUCCUGGAGUUAUCAAAGAUACAGUAUGCUUCCGGGGCACGAAUGCAGCCAAACGGAAAGAGGAAGCUGUGUGGCGGCUUUGGGGGACCUGGAUUGCAGUCGAGCGAGCUGACGUUUGGCUGCUCCUGUUUCUCGGACUCUCUGAGACCCAGGCCCACGGUUACCCCCCACCUCAGCGCCCUGGAUGUCUGCUCCAGCUGAAAGCAGUCAGAAUCUGGAGCAGUUGUUUUCUCCUCCAUCCCCGAUGUCUUUUGAAGACACCGAACGAAAAGCUUGAAACACACAGAAACACUACAACUAAAGUAAUAGCAUGGGGAGUUUACUGGAGAUGAAAAUUGUGGUUGACGGAAUUUGUUCGAAACUCUCUCUAUUUAUCAAUCAAAAGUGAUCCUUUUUUUUCUGGAUGCAAGAAUUAUUCAUUGCCUGAUUCUCACUUCAAUAAAACAUAAUCGCCUGCGUUAUGUUGGUUGCUGCAUGUUAACUGAAAAAUAUUACUGUCUUCAAUCAAAGACGAUGUGUUCAUUCAUCAGAUUUGAAAAUCUACAUGAAUUGAAAAGAAUUUGUCACUGGGGGCCAAUUAUCGCCUUGUCAGUUAUUACAAUAUGUUCCUCCAUGGCUAUAAUAGACUCAGUGCUUUGGUAUUGGCCUCUUGACACUCCUGGUGGAAGCAUAAAUUUCAUUUUGUUGAUAAACUGGACAGUUCUUAUACUUUACAACUACUUUAAUGCAAUGUUUGUUGGUCCUGGCUAUGUCCCAAUUGGAUGGAAACCGGACAACCCUCAGGAUGCAGUUUAUCUUCAGGAUUGCAGAAUCUGUCAAGGUUACAAGGCCCCACGGUCUCAUCAUUGUCGUAAAUGUAACAGAUGUGUCAUGAAGAUGGAUCAUCAUUGUCCAUGGAUCAAUAAUUGUUGUGGUAAUUUGAACCAUGGCUACUUUACCUCAUUCCUGUUGUUAGCACCAUUGGGUUGUAUUCAUGCUUCUGUGAUUUUAAUCAUGACCAUGUACACACAGCUUUAUAACAGGAUAUCAUUUGGUUGGAGUUCAGUAAAGAUUGACAUGAGUCUGCCUCGAAGGGAUACGCAAUUCGUUGUUCCUUUUGGAAUUUAUGGAUUUGCAGCCUCACUCUUUGCUUUGGGAUUGGCAAUUGGUACAACAAUAGCUGUCGGCAUGUUAUUUUUCAUUCAGAUGAAAGUAAUUCUCAGAAAUAAAACCACAAUCGAAGUUUGGAUUGAAGAAAAGGCCAAAGACAGAAUCCAGUAUUAUCAAACUGGUGAGGAAUUCAUCUUCCCAUAUGACCUUGGAAGCAAGUGGAAAAACUUCAGACAGGUGUUCACGUGGUCUGGAGUUCCCGAUACAGAUGGAAUUUUCUGGCCUGUUCGUGAAGGCAGCCAUCAGUACUCAUUAACGAUAGAGCAGCUGAAACAGAAAGCUGAUAAAAGAGUGAGAAGCGUCCAGUAUAAAGUGAUUGAAGACUACAGUGGAGCCUGCUGUCCAAUCUCAAAAGGAUACAAAACAUUUUUUUGCACACCUUAUACUGAAGAACCCAGAAUGCAACUGAAGAAAGGAGAAUUGAUUCUAGUUACAAGGGGUCUCCCGCAUUGGAUGUAUGGCAACAAGAACCUGAAGACAAAAAAUGCCCACGUUGGACAGCAUGAACGAGGCUGGUUCCCAAGAAGAUGUGUGGAAAAAUGCUUGUACGACACUGCCACAGAAAAACCAACAGAAGAAAAGAAGAUUUUGUAACAGUUCCUUUCGCCUGUGCUUUUGACAGAAUUUGUGAUGAUCUACAGGAUCUAUUUUCCUUAGCUUGAAAGUUUUAAUCUUUUUUCAGAUUUAGUUUAUACUUGACCUGCUUUUUCACAAGCAUUUCUUUUUAUAACCGAAAGAAUUCCUUUGGAUUCUCAAUGUUUGUGAAACAGCCUAAUUAUGGUAAUCUAGAUUGUCAAAAACAAUAAAUCGUCUUCUGCUAUCA